AUGCUGGCGCCUCGACUGGCGAUGCUUUGCAAGGGGACGGCAUGGAGUCAGGUUAAGAGCAUCGAGCCGGGCAAGCUCACGGAUCCAGACGGCGGAGUCAAGGUUCUUCUUCUUGCUCUUUCGAGUUGGGACGAAGCAGCCAAGCUUCAGACGUACGACAAGUGCGAGAAAGCUCCCUACAGGAUCCAACAGAAGAGCGAUGAGACCACGAUGUCCUUCGUCAAUCGCCUGAGUGUGGCCUUCCAUGAGUUGGGAGACAACAUCACCAUCAAGGAACUCCGAGCGUUCAUUCUGCUUCGACAAAGCAACUUGAAUGCGGAGGACAAGAGAAAGGUGAUCACCCUGACGGGAGGCACACUGGAUGCUUCGAAGAUCGAGAAUGCCAUGAGGACAUUGUCAACGAAGAUCCUUGGCAGUACCACGGAGGGAAAGAAACGAAUCUAUCCCGCCAACUAUGUCGAGGAGGAUGACUUCGAGAAUGCCAACAUGGCUGAGGAGGACAAAGACGAGGACAUGAUGAUUGAGCAACUGGCCGAGGAUGGAGAUGAAGACGCCAUCUUCGUCACGGAGUACGAAGGCCAGAUUUUGGAUCUUGUUCAAGAGCUACCAGAGCUUGCGCAGUGCUUCACCAGCUACACGGAGACGUCCAACUAUGCGACAAUCACAUAUGAUCAGGGCAGACAGCUCGAGAAUGACCCCGAGAUUGUGGACCAGCUUCCCUGGAAUGUGGUUGAUCGAGCCCUUGUAGUAGAGCGAGCUGAGCUAGCAAUUCUCGACACAGGUGCCAGCAAGACGGUGAUUGGAAAAGAUAAUUUCGAGACAUUUGUAUCCCAGUUGCCUGUCCAUGUCAGAAGGCAGAUCAAGCGUGCUGAUUCGCAAGUGGUUUUCCGAUUUGGGAACACUGGUGUCUUGCCUAGUCUGGGUUCAGCUUACGUCCCGUAUGGUAAGAAGUGGUUUAAGAUUGAGAUUGUUAAAGGGAAGACACCAUUUCUCCUGUCAAAUCCAGUGAUGCGACAGUUGCGGGGUCAAUUGAAUUUUGACACCAACACCCUGUGGAUUCCGGAAUUGGGGAAGAGUCUAGGGCUUACACUUAACAGUAAAGGGCUUUAUCUAGUCGACAUUCGUGAACUCCUGGGAAUUGGCACGGACUUCGAGAAUGCCUUGGAGACUCACCAUGACGAUCGGUCGACAAACGCAGCCGUUCCAGCUCAGCUUUCUCCCCAGCAUCCACUUGGCGUUGAUCCGCUCGUGGCGCUCCGCUCCUCAUGGCAACUCCAGCGGACCUCCUGGAUCAGGAACUUAGACGGCCGUUUCAAGGGCAAGGCUUUUCUCGAGACGGUCGACAACCAUCCAGAGCACGUGCGCUAUAUCAUCAACCGGAGGGUGACGGCCAAGUCCCUGGUGAGCUUUCAGAACUUCUGUCGCGCAGUGGAGAGUGUCAAGGUACAGAAGAAGAUGGAGGCAGUCCAGGAGAAAACCGACAAAGGGAUGACACACGGCCCAAUCCUUCCGAGGACCACGGCGGCGAAGAGCUCAAGUUCCAGUCACAAGCGCCCGAGUCAGAGCACGUGGGAGGUGAUCGCAGAGCAAGAGUUGCCAAUGACGAUGGAGGGGAACGAAGAGCAGAAGCAGAUCCUUGCGACUCAGAUUGCAAUGCUGCAGAGGCAGCUGGAUCAGCUGGGCUAG